AUGAAAUCCGCAUUUGUUCUUCUCCUUGCCAUAUUCGUGACUGAUGUUACGCCAAUUUUCGAAGAGGUAUCUGACGUCAUCUUCCAGAAAUAUGCAACCAUGAAGAUUAUGGAAGAUUGUUAUGGUAAAGAAGCUGUAAGCAAUAUGCUAAGCGAAGUCGCAUUAGCAUAUGCGCGUUGCCGUGGAAAACCAUCAUUUCUUCCCAUUUUGGAACAAAUGGGAUCUUUUAAUUUGGAACAAGCACCGGGAGAACCUCAAGUAACGCAGACAGAGUCUCUCACAGAGCCUGUUACGGAUCCUCCUACAGCUCCUCCGACAGCUCCUCCGACAGCUCCUCCGACAGAUCCUGCUACAGCUCCUCCUACAGAUCCUUCUACUACUAUCACUACAACUUCCGUCCCAAGUGAUACUAUUCCCACUCUUGAUAGUUCGGUUAAGCAAGUUCCGUUUACCGUCUAUCGACCUCCUGCAGUCAAAAUCCCUCAGGAAGUCGUCAAUCAAUAUCCCCCAUUUGGAUAUGAUGAUCCUCGUUUCUGGCUUGGUUAUUUUCCGCCCAAUCGAAGGCUCCAGUUCCAACAGAGAUUUCCAUAUGGAGAUGCUGGCUAUUAUUAUGGCGAACCCAUUAACCCAGGAGGCUAUCGCUGGAAACGUGCAGAACACCGAACAAUGCCGGAGGACAAUCUGGCGAUCGUUGAAGAAUUGCCCGCGGUCGCAGAGGGCUCACGACCGACAGGACCUUUUGCGUUUCCUUUUGUCAAUAAAAUUUUUUCUAAACAUGAAGCAAUUCUCGGAAACGCAACCUGUGUAAUGAAAGAAAUUGGCUUUAUCGGAGAUGACAUGCAGCCGAAUUAUACUAACAUCCGGAAGCGUAUAGACGACCUUCCCGUCACUGCUGAACUUAAAGCUGAUCUCAUGGACGGAAUCGAAACAUGCCAACAAUUUACAAGCUGUAUUCCCACAAAGACAUAUCGGGACGUCCCAAUUUUGAGAGAAGUGGCCACUCCAUACGCCUUCUUUAAGUGUUUCAGAGGAAGGAAAAUUGAAGCGUGCAUGAAGAAAGAUCUCAGAGAAAAAUUUGUCUCACUGCUCACGGGUCUUCCUGCCACCCGUGGAAAGCAAAUGAGAGCUGAAACAGCGUCGGAAGUUCAAGAAAAUAUGGAUGGCGUAUUUAAUAUGAUUUAUGGUUUCGAUAUGAACUCACCGACAAGUUUUUUCUAACGAAGGUCCAGGGAUUUUACUGACCGAUGAUGUGUUUUAACCUUUUUAUUUUAUUUAUUUUUUUUGUUUUCAAUUAAUCAACGCUAGGUGUUAUACAUGGCAACCGGUUUUAUUAUG